AUGCCCCCUCACGAGAACCAAAGCUCGCGAACACGAACGACAGUCAUCGACAAGAGUCUACCGGAGCUUCCAAAGAUCACCGUUGAGAGUCCCAAACAGCGGAAUCGGUUGAAGGGUGAGGCAUGUCCGAAUCCUAUUGUACGGAAAUAUGAUGAGCCAAGGAGGUCUCCCCGAGGCUCCCGAGCGCGUGUGCCUCAAUUUCAGCAAUCCAAAAGAUGGGCAAAGACGCAUACCGCCAAUCCAUUGACUCCUCCUCCUCCUCCACCUAAAACUCCUAGGUCAACUGGAGAACAACAGGAGAAUGACCCUGAUGACAGAAUCCUGACUAUGCGCGAGGUCUCGUUUGAGCAGCAGCGCGCACAACCGAGGAAGCCCAGGACGGAUGCGGAUCGGCCACGCCGCCCGCGACAUGUCAGUAGGAGCAGCUCUUCUUUACAAGACGAAGGACCAUGUCGGUCCAGCGCGACUCAGUACUGGAAGACCGUCAAGGCAACAGUUGUCAUAACUCCUCAUAGGACGGCGAAAAAAUGCUUCGGAAGGAGGCCAGCAAAUCGAAGGGCUCCGGUGGUCAGACAUCGAGAAACCAAAGGCCGACGGGCAGCAGAGAGGACACCGGUUCCUGCGAAAGCGCCGACACCUGCGAAGGUGCAGACUGGCAAGAACAAAUUGCCUGUGCAUUUUGUGGCACCCAGGCCGAAUCCUGCUCCGCCAGUUUCGUUUCCGGUUGAAGAAGCAUCCGCUGAGCCAGGGGCUCGUCAAGAAGGGGACACCCGGGUUGAGACCUCCCAACCACGCUCGCCAGUUCCAUCACUCCAUGAUCCUGAAAAGGACAACAGAUUUUCCGAGGAAUGUAGGGCGAUAUUGAGUAGCAUGGACUUCAACCGAGAUUGGUUGUUGCCAGCCGCUUCAGUAUUACCUGCAGUUGGAAAGCCAUCCGGGGAUGAACCACCACAGGCACAACAUCAGGCGGCUGUCCCCAAAGACGAUCCAAAUCAGGAGAUCUCGAUAAGGGACGCUCUUUCGUCCGCACCCGCUCUGGCAGUGCCUGGCACCAGGCCGGUUCCAGCCAUCACCGUGACGACAACAUCAUCCGCCGACAAUUCUCCCCGGAGACCACAGCCGCCCGCAAGAGCUUCUAGUAAGACGGUCGCCAGUCUCGCGGGAAUGAUGCAGACUUCCAAAUCUCCAGAAAUAUCACGGGUCUCUGAAUCUAGUAACGACCCUCUAGCUACUGCCCAAAGCCAUGUAUAUGCGGAUACCGCUGGGACGCAUUUCUCCAACCAGACACAUUGGCUGCUCCGCAUGCCUUCAUCGGCGUCUACUGCUGGUCACUCUGCGCUAAGUCCUAUCUCGGUGAUGAGUACCGAUACUCUGACAAGGAUUGAGGCUCAAGUCCGCGGCGGUUCAGAUGCCGUCGAUCACUCGGAAAUGAAACCACGGUCCUACUCUGGCUCCGAGCCAAAGAGCAGUGGACCUCCAAGUAUCCCUCCCGAACGUCCUUUACCAGCUUUGCCGGCACAAACAAAAUCCGAGUCAGAGCCUUCUCAACACCGUGUCUCCAUAGAGAGUCGCCGUGGGAGCAGAGAGAAAUCAGGCAUGCAUUCGCAGGCAUCUGAACCAAAGUCGACCAUCCAGCUGCUGCGCAAUUCAUGGCAGUCCAGUCCUCCGGCGCCACUACUGCCACACAGUUCGUUGAGUGCUGAUGGAAGAUGGUCGGCCGAUCUGACCUCGGUGAGCUCUCUCAAGAGAGAAGGAUCGCCGAGUUCAUUGGCCUCAUCUCGUUCUUUUAGUCGUCACGCCAUCUCAGGGCUCCGCGCGGAUCGGGUAAAGGAAAGGCGUCUGAGAGAUCUAGCCAGUUCCAGGAGCCACUCGCCAAAGUCUGACUGCGCUGCCAGUAGCGAGGGGACGCAUGAACGGACUGCCACACCGGCCGCGACAGAUGCUGCUGCUCAUGGUCCUACUGAAGAACCCCUGGACCAGCUGGAUCAAUUUCCAGCUGUCCCCACUUCCCGGCCUGGGAGUAUUCUCAAUGCAUCCAGUCCAACCCGUCAUUUUCGCCAACACAGCACUACCAGCCAGGCGAGUUCUGCUCGUCAACUGUCCCGGGCCCAGCAUCGUCGGGACAGUCGCCCGUCACAACAUCUUUCGCAAAGUAAUAUCUUUGUGGUUGUCGAUUCCGAUCCUUUGACUGCCAAAUUUCGUGCUGGCGCCAUGAGUCCAUCACCGAGUAUCCGCGGCGGCUACGGGCGCAGCGGGAGUCCGUCCAAACAUACACGGACCGGUUCGAAUCUGAGAGAGGUGACGACCAACCAGCAGAGUCCUGCCAGAAGUGUGCAGAAGAAGACCAGUCUUCUGAGUCUCAAGGGAGAAGAAGAUUCUACCUCUGCACGAUCCCCUCGUGGCAAGCCCAGGAGAACAAGACGGGCCGCAAGGAACAGCAGUGGACGGCUGAGUAGCUCAAGUGACGACUCCCUGCCAGGAGGCCCCAAUUCACCGAAGAAAAUUGCGUCAAGACCUCAGAAGCGUCGGAGAUGGAACAGCAGUGACAUCAGCCUCAUCAAACUCCUGCACCAAGAUCUCGAGGAAUACUACGGCACUAUACUGGAGCAGGAGGACAGGCUGAAAUGGCAAGCCAGCCAGAUCCAUAUGAUGGUCAGGGUGCUUGAACCCAUCAAUCGCGCCAGAGGAGUCAAGACGCCUUCAAGCAUUGGUGUGGACGAGCCGGUCUACUAUUCCACGACCGAUGAGGAGUCGUGGAUCAGCCACUCUCGAGUGCAAAGACCCUCUACUAGACAGUCUGGUCAGUCUGGUUCGGGACGAGUGACCACCCCAGGAACAAGAGCGGGCCAUUCUCAGCACCAGAUGCCAGCUCAUCACCGGGCAAACAGCACAGGCAACGACAGUACCGCCUCGACUGCGGCUAGUAUAUCGACCGAUACCAGCAAGGUGUUGGGUGACGACGCAUCAAUGACUGACCCUUUGGAAUACGAGCCGCCACCGUCUGCGACGUUGAAGCCCGCGCCGCUCGGCUCGAUCAAGAAAGGCAAUCUCAAUCCAACCCGCGUCAGCCGUGGUGGUCCUGGUGCAACCGUGGGUCUUCUGCAGGCCAGACUACCAGAAGAUCGUUCGGUUUCAUUGGAUUCUUCGACGUGUGGUCAAGCAGGGAGUGGGUUGAAAAGAACCCAAACCCAGUCCAGUGCAGCAGACCAGGUCUACCAGUCAUUGGGUCUGAGGCGUGGCAACUCGGAUGUCCAAGACAGUGACGACAGUGAAGAGGCCAGAAAGACACGAGAAGCCGCCCGCUUGAGUGUGAACCACGUCCUCACCAGCACUGACCAGAUGGACCUCGCGAUCGACCAACUGGCCAUGUACGGCUGA